CUACUAUCAGCAGAACGAUCCUUUCUCUCUGCCCAUGAUGAGGCGAAGCAGGGAUGACACAUGCAUUUCUCCAGUCUGAGUUGGCGAGCCUCAUAUCAGACUCGAAACGAAGAUACAAUGACGUGCGCGCGGCUUCCGAGCAGUCGCUCGCUGACCUCAAAACAAUCUCGGUGACAUCUGAAACCCAGCUGGCUGGCGACCUCUACCGUCGGCCUCAAUUCAUUGAACCCUUUAUUCUUGCUUGCAGAUCCAAGAACAACAAGCUAGCAACUACAGGAACUGCCUGUAUCCACAGAUUGACUGCAAGUAGUGCACUUGCUCGGACAAGGCUCCCCGAUGUCUUAGACGCUUUCCGCGAUGGAGUUGCCGCAGGCUAUGAGCCUCAACUCAAGAUUCUACAGACCCUCCCCUCUCUGUUGCAGCUCUAUGGCGAUGACAUACACGGAGACCUGCUUGCCACAGUCCUAGAACUAUGUGCAUCCCUCCAAUCCAGUCGGACGGCCGCUGUGAGCAACACAGCUGCAGCAACUUUCCAGCAGUUAGUCUCGGCGGUGUUUGAAAAGGCCGUGGAGAGAAGAAAUCUCGGACCAUCGGGCGAACGCCAUGGUGGGGAUCUCUCAAAUGAGGGUUUAGAAGUUGCCCCUUUGGACGACGCACUCCGGCUCCUCGACGACUUUUGUCUGCUGCUCGACCACCAGAGACCCCAAUACCUCAAAGUCGAAAGUCUCCCUGCUGGCUUUCUGCUCGAAACUUUGCAGACAAUCCUGUCAGAUUACGACUCGCUUCUCACAUCUGAGAAACUCAACGAUCAGAGAUGGGCCGAAAGCCUUACGCACGGCCUGUUGCGUGUUUUGGCUAGAAAGGAUGCUUUUGGUAUGACAGCGCGUGCUCUGUCUAUUUUGCUCCUACUUUUCCAAGCCCGUGCCGAGGACCUCCGAGACCAAUUGACGCAGAUGACGCCCUUACUUAUCGGCGCAUUAGAGAAGGACGGCAAUCCACCAUGGAAACGUGCUCUGUUCCUCGAGUUCUUCCGUACCCUCUGUUCCGACUUCAGCGUUUUCAGGGAAACCUUCCGCCUGUUCGACAAGGGGAAAGACUCGGUCAAGUUAGUAGGCCAGCUCAUGUCUGCAUUAGUCCGUAUCGCAGCAGAAGAUCCAUCGUUGAUUGGGCUCGGGCGCCAGUCUACUGUCCCUGUUCAGCGCAUAACCGACCCGAAGAGCGAAGAGGCUGCAUCAAUCGAAGCGCAGGGUCUGGGGGGCGCUAUUACCUCCGUGACCUCGAGUGAUGCAAGCGUUACUGGUAUAAGCGCCGAUUGGAGUGUGGUGGCGGUCCGGCUCAUGGAUCAAUCCGAAAAGAACGCUCCCCCAACAAUCCCGAGCACUUACAUAUACACUCUAGUCCUCGGUUGCAUCUCACAUUUAUGUGAUGGUCUGUCAAAGUUCAUUAUGCCAUUGAGUGUCCCGAGCCGAGCUUCGCAACGAGAGUCAUCGGAAAUCGGCCGCAGAGAUAGCUCUGCCACCGACCGAACCGACGACGAAACGGCACGGAGAUCCAUUCGGCCCGCAUCCUCCUCCCAGAAAUAUCAGCGGCUCAUAAAUCCUCUGACCUUGACGAACCAUCGACUAUUCACCCAGAUUCGCACCUCUGCUGAACUCAUCGAGGCCUGCUGGCCAGCCGCGCUUGCCACUUGCUCCACGUUCCUCAAUGCGGCGUUGGACUCCGAGUUUUACCAUAUACUGAUUCGAUCAGUUCAAAAACUAGCUCAAGUUUCCGGUGUGCUCGAGCUCUCCACGCCUAGAGAUGCUUUGCUCACGACGCUGGCGAAGGCCUCCAUACCGUCUAACGCGAGCAGUUUCAUCGCGGCCUCUCAAAACAUAAAAUCGCCUCGAAUCGCAAGUGCUGAACAUGGGGUGCUCAACGACGUGCUGAAAUCCCCGACUGAGCAACCACCGACACCAACCUUCCAAGUCACCAGCUCACCGCUCAAUGUCAGGCAUCUGCUGUGUCUUCGGGCUUUGUUGAACCUGGGUAUCGCUCUUGGGCCGACCCUGGAAGAAGACGCAUGGUUCAUCCUCAUCGAAACCAUGCAGACAGUUGAAGCUUUGAUCGCAAUGCCGAGCGCCACCAAUGUGGCGACGUCACAAUCAGGAAGUCCGAGAAUCGGUGUCUCUGGUAAUGAUGGUCAGACAACUCUUUCAACCGAAAUAGCCGCUGUCCAGGCGGCAACGAAGAGGAUGCUCGAGAGCACACGAAGUUUCAGCGCCGAUUCGUUUACCGUGAUCGUACACGCCUUAUUCCGCUUGCUUGGGCAGAGCGAUGCGGAGAGCGAUUCGCAACCCUCGCAGCAAAGUCUUGCUUCUCCCACCUCACCCACUCGCCUGGGAGCUCCGAGGCCGGCACAUCAUGUGUCGCGGAGUGUUUCUGGUUUGUGGACAAAGUCAAAAACUCUGGAUCUGGAGAUCGGGUUUGUCCUUAACAAGCUCAACGACUUGUCGCGCAUCAACAUAUAUCGGUUCGCAUCUUCUGCAGAACAGUCUUGCUCCUGGGAUCUAAUUGCAGAUCGUUUGCUGCGCGUCUCGCAGGAUGGUAGCGUGGCUGGUACUCAUCGCAUACAAUCUGCCAGCAUAUUGGACCUGAUAUCCAUGGAAACAGUAAAGUUACUGGAUGACACGCGUUUCGACACCAGCGAGGCAGACAGCAUUAGAUCCCGUUGCCUGCAAUCGCUCUUGCAGCAGCUAGAGUUCUUUGACGAGACUCCGGGUCGGAGGUACGAUGCUGUUGAGCUGGAAAUCCAUAAGAGGCUUCUUGAUGCUCUAGAAAGUAUGCUAAGUCAUAGCGGAGAGUCUCUGAACAACUGCUGGCCUAUCGCACUCGAAAUACUGUCAGUCUCGUUCGCGAAAAGUGGACAGGCAACGCCACCGCCAGCCGAUGAAUCGAUGGAACAAGGCGACAAUCAUGUACAGACCGCCCAGAUAUUAAGGGUUGCCUUCAGAUCUAUACAACUAAUCACCUCGGACUUUCUCGGUGUCCUGGAUGCUAAUUCCCUGGCAAAGUUGGCCCAACUUCUGCGUCAAUUUGGCUCUCAACAUUAUGAUCUGAAUGUGGCGCUGACAAGCACCACUGUUCUGUGGAGCCUCGCGUCCCAGGCUUUAUCAAGGAUUAAGACAAUCGACAUCACUUCUAUGCCAGCUCUGGAGGGCCCUAUAGAAUCGUUCGCCUUAACCUCCAAGUCGUCUUCUGGAACAAUCUGGAGCGUUAUUCUGCUACAGCUGAUCGAAUUGUGCAAAGAUGAGCGUUCAGAUGUUCGAAAUGCAGCCAUUAAAGUCCUUUUAAAGAUGCUUGAUGCCUCGAGCGAGGCCCUCACCCCAAACACAUGGUCAAUCAUGCUCGAAGCUGGCCUAUUGGACACCGUUCGGUUUUGCAUCACGCAGUAUGCUGCAGACAAGAGUGACCAGAGCGAAUGGAUGGCAUCAGCGGCUCAGCUGACGGAGGGCAUCAUUCAAAUCAUAUCUCAGAAUCUAACGGUGAUCGCCAUACAUAAUGACUUCGGAAAUACAUGGCUUCGCACUAUGGACGUUUUGAAGUCUCUGUUAAGCACAAGCUCGCUGGCUGCCUCUUCGUUGGCUUUCUCGAAUCUGUCGAAACUUCUUUCCGCACUGUCGGUCCUAGAGGAUGCGGACGAAGACCUGAUCGUCCCUCCAAUGCAGCUUUGGGCAGACUAUCAUCCUGCUAGGAUCGGACGAGACUCUCAAUCUCAUCGUGUGGCCGGUGAAGAACCGCCGAACCAAGAAGCCUUUACUUCCCAUGCAAAUGUCUUUGUUGAAGCAUACAAGACCAAGCCUGUCCCCGUUUCGAACUAUAUGCAAAGGCAAGCCCCUAUGUUGAUGGAUUCCAUCGAGCGCGGAAUUCUAUUGUGUGUGCAUCCUCCUUACACGAAUGACGUGAAAGCUCUGGCACCGGAACAAAAGGAGGCUUUGCAGUGCAUGGCUAUACUAAAAACCCUCUUGCGAGACCAAGUGUCAGAAUAUUCCCAAUUCGUGCUCAGAAUAUUGAGUCUCUCUCUGAAUAUUCAGGAUGGGAGAGUUGGUGCCCAGCAGAAAAAAUCGGCUAUAUCGAAAUCUGCACAGAAGCCAACGUUCAUGGCCUUUGCGUCCUCGUGUUUAGAAAGCUUCCGGAAUUUGAUUCUGGAGUAUGCAGAGGAUGAGCAUUUCAUCCACACCCUGGCCGUGCAAAGGGCGUGCCUUGUACUUUCCGCUAUUAUCAACACGAAAUACACGAAGAUCCCCACAAGCAGCCAAGCACCGUUAUGGAGGAAUGCCACCGUCACUGCAGUGGUCAUGGUCGAAGCUUUGCAGAAGUGUGUGGGCCACAGAAGGUCACGGCCGGGGGAUUUCUCUCACCUAGAUGGUCUGGCACUAGACAUCACCUCCAUUACGGUCAGUAUCCUGAGCUCUGGUGGUCUGUCCAAUCCACCUGGUCCAGAUCACACAGAAGAGACAAUCAUCGACGAUGAAACGUUCGACAUCGAACACUUUCGACUGCUACACGAGGCCAUCGUACCCAUUUUCCAGUCUUCACAAGAAAUCAAAGAAGACGCAUGCAACGGAUAUGGAGUUGUCCUAUUCGAGGCUUCGCUGCUAGCGAAACCUUGGUUCUACGACUUUCCAGAUGAUGUCAAGAAUGAUCCGUUGAAGGGCUUGCCACAGACGAGGCCUGGCAGUGUCCACCGGCCUAUAUUUGCUGUGAGACGGAGAAUUUGCUACGCGGCGCUAGACGCGCUGUUUGGGCUCGUCUCGUGGCAGGAAUCUGCGCAUUCGAGCGAGGCCCCGAAGGAUAUUCGGGACGCAAGUUCUAAAUUGGCCUGCGCAGCGGCCCCUUAUCUCAUAUUGCGUGUAGCACACCCCUUGAAGACGUUUCUAGCUGACCAGCGGCUGCGAGGUCUGACUCCGCCGCCCGAGCCCCAGCAAGCGGAGCUACAGGUUGUGCUGUCCAAGUUCGUCGAGUUGAGGAGCGAUGGCCAGGCGAUUGCCAGAAUGACGCAGGCUCUUGAGGUGAAGCCUUCACAAGACGACGCUUCUAAAGGAUUGCUCGUGGCUAUGCGAAGAUUAGGAGUCGGCGAGGUGGACGACGGCAAGUCCCACCUCCGCAUCCUCUACGGCAUGAUGCUGCGCGUCCAGAAGUUCUGGCAGGGACUGCCGAGAUUGAAAGGUCCCGGGGCACGGGCGUGGCAAGACGACGAGCCGGGCAAGGCGGUCGAGGCAGCGCUGGAAAGCUGGGGAAGCGUUGUUGGGCAGGAUUGGGGGUUUCACGGGGUUUGAGCAGAUGGGCGGAGGGAAGGGUUUCGAGAGGGAAAGGAUGGGGACUGGGCCUUGCGCAAAUGACUCCAACGACGAUCCGAAGACCAGAAUCGGAGUGCAUCACUGAUUUAAGAGAACGACAAAAAGGAAAUGAGGAUAGAACUCUCGAGACUGAUUGGUGCAUGGAACAACAGUGCGCCUCGAUAGAUCUAGGCUUUGAUAGUUGGAGCGUAGACGGCCAUCAACUGAGUAAUUGUGGGACGAUGCGCAUGCGGUCCUGAGGGAAAAGCGAU